AUGCGGAAGGGAACACACGUGGCCUUUCAUAGCUAUAUCAAGGACGAGGAGACCAUGAAGUUCAAGGAAGCAAAAUAUCGAGGGGAGAAACUUGGUGGCCCUGCGGAGCUACUCAGCAGGGCGGUCGGUCAGAGGCUAGUUACGAGAAACGCAUAUAUCAAGACUGCGGAGGGCCAGAAUGCAGCUGUAUUCUGCCCCCCUGCCUAUGUUCUCAUUGCUGCGGACCUUUUGGAAGACCUCUUCACUCUGCUCUAUACCACGCACUGA